CCAUGUCCGGGUGGUCACAUGAUAUGCAGAGAAUUAUUCCACGCAUGCCCUCUUCUUUGAAGUUUGGAAUAAUUAUGGUCAGUGUGCUUUCGACUGCGACUGGAGGGAGAGAGAGCGAAGAGGACUCAAGAACGAGGAACCUUACAUAGCCUGAAGAUUUGUCCACGGCCUGGAAAAACGUCAAGGACUGAAGGACCCCAUGAAGAACACUUUUCUGUUACUAACGCCAUUCAUCUUAGCGUGGCAGAAGGAAGCCUUUAGUCUGCAAAAUGGGAGUGACCUUGAAGCACCUCAUGGAAAUUCUUCAUCAUCAACUCAGCACAAUAUCACUGACAGUGAUUCACAUUUGCCUCUCAACUCUGAUGGAUACGUUUUUAAAAAGUGCUGCCCACCACAUGAAAUCUUUUCUGGCAAAGGCUGUGUACCAGGAGGACCUGAUUAUGUUCCAAGUAAGACAAUGACUAGGCUGACGGAAACCCACUUUCCACAGAUCUCAUGGCCUGAAUUUGAUGGAAAAAACUGUAGUACAAUGUUAAAAACGGGAGAGGAAUCGACUCACUGGAUGGUUGGAGAGGACAACAGCCUGUCUGUAAGUUCCACCUAUGGGGAUCAAACUGAUUACUUUUAUUGUGUGGAAGAUUAUAGAGAAAUGACAGGUACAACAGAAAGUGUAGCCAUAUUGUGCUUGAGAGACGUAGCCCACAUUUUACCGCCUAGAUUGCUCGAUCGUUUCAGCAAAGGUCUUCAUGUUGGAAAAUGUUGUCCGAAAGGAGAGUACCUCAGUGACUCCCUGUCUUGUGUCAGUAACAACACUCUUGACCUGCAUAUUGUCAAGGCGGAAGAGUUUGUGGCAGCUAAUGUUACGGAAAUCGAAGUGGCAGGACCCCCAGUCUGCAAUAGUAAUAAUGUGUCUGUUCUGCAUUACUUUCCUUUUGGCCAACUAUCAGAUUCAGAUUACGCCGACUUUGACGAAGACCAGACCAUGAGUAUUUUCUACGUGGAGGAGAAUACUUUAGAAAACAGCUGCAUCCGAGAAAAGGUACAGGUCAGAAAAACAGAAUACUGCAUCGAUUAUGCAGAUGUUGACAACAACACGGACAUUCUGGUCUUAGUGUGUAACAAUUUUGAAUCAAAGUUCUUGAAGCAUCAGGAAAAGUUCGUCGUCAUUCCUGUUCUUCUGGGAUUCUCCUGCGCUGUGUUACUCGCCACAGUUCUCUUCUUGGUCACUGUCAGAGUAAGGCGUGCACUAUAUACCGUGAGAAAGAUUAACACACUUGCUGGGAGAAUCCUUCUGGCUUAUGUGAUGUCCUACUUCCUGGCCUUUCAAAUCCUGAUCAUUGAGUUGAGUGUAGUUCACGAUGAAGGAACUUGCACUGUGCUUAGUGGGGCCCUGCUGUUCUCAACCUUAGCUGCCUUCCUGUGGAACACGUCUAUCUCCAUGGAGUCGCUCGUCCUCACAAUAGGUAUCAGAAUGAAUGAACACCUGAGGUUUCUGUGCUACUGCUUAUGGUCCUGGGGUGUGGCAGGUGUCAUCACAGCAGUAGCUCUGACACUUGACUAUUACAGACCCAACUUGCCUUGUUCAGUCAUCACACCAAGGUUUGGGCAAAAGGAGUGUCUUCUCUGGGGUAAGUUAUCUUGAAUUCUGUAGGGCAAGUCUUCUUCCUUUCAGAUGUUCGAUGCUUCAAGAUUGAGGAUCUAUGUAAUACUGGCAUUUCAAAGUGAGAUCUCCACCAGAGAAAAAUAAAAAUUCUAUUCUAUAUAAAUCUUUUCAUCAAUAUGUGUAGUGCCUGAGAAAUUUUCCUGAUGACAAAAUUCUUUACUCCUUUUAGAUGCAAGAGCACAGCUGCUCUAUCUAUAUUUGCCAAUGUGCAUCUCCCUAUGUGCAAACAUUGUCUUACUGGCAGCGAGCAAGUCUGACAGCGAGCAAACUUGUCAGACGUGCGAAACUUAGGCGACUUCAGCAAGGGUUAAGACCCCAAAACAACCCUGAGGAUAUAACAAUGAUCGCCAGCAUAGAGUAAUCAGAGCACAGCUACAGGAACAGACCAGAGGCCAAAGUCUGACAAGGCAGAGAGACAGUCAUCGGGACUCAGGAAAUAUGAGAAUCGUAGCAUGUUUAGUGAUUCAUUGAAGUUGGUGUUCUGGGCCGAACUGACUUGGAUAUCAGAAGUUGCCUCAUUUGUGUAUGAUUCUUACGUGGGAGUUUCUGAAGAGUGGUACAGCUACCUACUCUACAUCCCUACAGCGUUGAACACUCUUCGGGGAGUUGGAAUUUUCUGCGUUAUCGUGCUGACCUCAGAACAGCGCAAGAGAAUGUACAGAAAGGUUGCAAGGCUCUGUCCAAGGGUUGCAUCACUAUGCAAGGAAAGCCAGCAGGACUCAAGGACUAAUACUAUGCCUUCAGACAAGCAUGCUGCCUCCCAAUACAAAACAUCAUCUACUGAUGAGACAGAGGUUGACGGAAACUUAGUUACGAAGGAGAUUUCAAUCACGAAGGGUUUCGUAAUUCAGAUACUCUGAGCUUCAUUUACUGUUAUAAGGAUAUACAGCUAGCUCUUUGAAGGGACGACGACUCUUCCUUUCGACAUGUAACCUCCGUUUAACCCCAGCCAGGAAGAAGCUUUCCUUCAUCGCAGUCUCUCACUCUACACGUACUUCACCUUCGUCCCAGGAUGAUAUCGGUGGGUCUGUAAAACUCGGGUUUUUUUUUUUUAUGUCAAUCCAAAAUCGUUUGGAGGGAUAAUGCUUUCCUAUAUUAAAAUGCCGUCCAAUUACCAUGACUUACCUUUUAGUAUUAUAAUUUACAUAUCUGUUUUCAUACCUCGCAUAUUUGUAAUACGAGGUUUCGUACCCUUCCAGGGAUAUCAUAAAUUACUAUGUACUACGUGGACGUCAGUUUGGACUGUUGGUAUAUAUCUAGAUAUAUUUAGAUUUUCCAAGGUAUGCAACUUGCCAAGUGUUAUACAUGCUGCACAUGCUCAUAAUUAAAUUUAAAAGUAUGCAUACGAUAAUUGUGUAGUGUUUAAUUAGGCAUUUGGUAAUAUUUUAAGCUAUUUUGGAAGUGGCUGAAUUAUUGCGGCUCCCCCAUGCUUCACGAUGAUCAACUUUGUGUAUUAGCUGCCGCAUCAGCACCUGGAUGAUAGGACAGUUCGCAAUUACAAUAAAUUACUUAAUUUUU